AUGAUUCCACAGACGCCUUCGUCGACCGUUCCCCCAGAUAGCUCUGCCCAGCAGCUGCUGCGUCUGGGGAAGCCCUUCGUCGAGUUUCCCCGGUUCAGUAUCCUCGCUCUUCAGAAGGAGAAGGACCAGGACGGCAACCCUCUUCCUUUCUCCGAGUGGCUCACCAAACGUCUGCAGCUGGGACAGCCGUUUGUCAUUGCUGACUUUGACAAACUCGACACCUGGCCAGCUUCAGGUCCUCACAAUGGACACCAACCGGGUUUUGGUAUCGAGCGCCUGAUCGAACUGAGCACCAAGAAAAAUAUCCCCAUCCGAAACUGUAGCACCGGCCGGGAUCUGUCCUUCACCCUCAAGAAAUUUGCCGACAGCGCGAGGCAAUCCGUCGCCGGAUUCCAGAACCUCUAUGCCAGAGACCUGCAAUGUCCGCAAGAGUGGCUAGAACAAUGUCGCAGGAUCUUGCCAACAGAGGUCCAAUGGGGUGGGAGGCUGGAUCUUUUCCAGUGGCUCCCACAAUGCGCGAGGAGUGAAGUCAUGAUGGCCUACGUCGGCAGCGAAGGGAGCAGUUCAGGAUUUCACCGAUGCUUCUCGAGCACAGUCGCCUUGAACUUGCUCGUCGAGUCAGACGAUCGUCCCGUGGUGUGUAUUGGCACAGACUUCGACUCACAGAAGAAAUAUGACGCCUUUAUGUGCGCCCGUGGCGCCUCACCUCAUCUAGACUGGAUGAACCUGGGAUCGACGGAGCUCGUAAAAGCGGACUUUCCUCUAUAUGCCUACGAUCAACGGGUUGGCGAUCUGGUCGUCUUCCCUCCUGCCACAGCCCACCAGGUUUGGAAUCCCGCCACGCUUUCGGCCAAGGUGGUCUGGAACAUCCUUCAUCCUCUGUCACUUGAGGUGGGAUUUGAUUACGUCCAAGCGCCCUUCAACCGCCUCUGUCAUCCCGAUGUCGCCCGCACUAGCCUCUCGUUGGCGUAUGCUAUGUUAUCUCUGCUCCAGGAGGAUCAGACGAUGAGGAGCUCCCCAGUACCACUCCCUCCCGAUCUGCCUCUCCUCUCACGCUUGUUUCGUCAACUAAUCCAUGACGAAUCCAUUGAAUCGCCUCCUGUCACACCAGUGACUUUGGUGCCAAUGCAGCAAGGGACCAUUGCAACCUGCAACUUUUGCAGUACGGCCAUUUGGAACCGCCACGUGCGAUGCACUCAAUGCGCGGAUUUCGAUCUCUGCCUGCUGUGUUAUCUCAACGGCCGUUCUUGCGAACAUUCCGAAUCCUAUGCAUGGGCAGAGCUAGUGCCGGCGGAACAAUGCACAAGGGUCCUCAACCGGGCUCGAGAGAUUCUCGGAUUCCAACCCGAGGAGCCACGGACGCUCGACAAGCGUAAGACCUUGGGGACGGCGGUAAAUGAUCUAAUGCGCGCCAAAACAUCAACGGCAAGCAGACUGUGCCACCUCUGCCGGAUCGACCACCCAGAAUGGAAAGGGCGGCGUUGCGAUAAGUGCAACGCCUUCUUCUGUUAUCGAGGCUUAUUUCGACAUUUUGACCAGUAUCCCUCAGAAGUUUUACGGCACAAGGGACUGUGGACUUGUCCUAAGUGCACAGAAACGUGCAAUUGUCGAUGCUGCCAUUUCGCUACAGCGUACGCCAAAAAAGAAAAGCCUGUCAGCAAAAGAAGAGUCAAAGCGUGCGACCCUCGUGGUAAGGCGAUAGGCUUUGCCGACAACGUAUAUGAUCAAAAGCGUGGAAAUCGGCGAGAUUCCAGCCACAAUGGCUCUGGGGGUGGGCCUUUACCCGGUGUGGCACAAAUUACGGGCAAGAAGCGGGCGAUCUCUUCCUCGGCAGAUCCUGGCCCUACGACCCCGCUAAGGAAGAUGGAGUUGCCCACACCCGAACCUGAUUUCUCAGGGACCAGGCUGGCGUUGUCAAGGGAAAGCUCUGAGUUCUUGAUGGAUGGCCCUUUUGGAAGCGUCAAUGGGACGCUGCCGACGCUGUUGCCGAGCAUGAAGACAUACCCCGACGGCCCCGACUUCAUGGUCAGUCCGACCGACGACAGGCAUUCGCAAGUCAGCAGCUCGCCUGGGAUUGUAUCCCUGGCCUCGGCGGCAAUCAGCUCGAGCCGCAUAACGUCCAGCAUUCAGAACAAUACCCUCCCACCAAUACUGGGACAUCCUCCUGCGACCAAUGGCUUGUACCUCUCGCAGCACCACACCAACGGCAGUUUCAGCACCCCGCCACCCUCCGUUUCGACGGCAUCUCCUACAAAGCUUACUGCGUGCUCGAAAGAGAUCAACGCCCCUACCGCCGCACUAGACGCGUCAAUUGCUCAACUGCAAACGCAAUUGGUCAAACUCAAAAGGUACGAGGAAGAGUUCAUCGCCUUGAACCUGGACGACAGUCGCAAGAUGCUGGCAAGGCAGGUGGCCGAACUGGAGAGCCAGAUCAAUGCAAAGAAGCGGGAGAAGAGUCUCAUCCUUAUUGAGAGGUUGAGGAAAGAAGGAUUUGGUGGGUUGGCGGAGGUGGUGGGCAAAGAAGUUGGGUUGGGUUUUGAUGCAACGGGGCCCCUAUCAUGA